AUGGAGAGAUGCAAAGAGAUAUCCUAGGUGGUAGUGGCGUACACGCUAUAUAUGGAAUGAGAUUAUGGUUUUCAUCUCGUGAAUCUAAAUGCAUUGCAUACACUUUCCACACUGGUUACGAUUUUCCUAUCAAUCUUCAGCAACGUUUACUUGAUCUAAAUAUCUCACUUACUCAAAUACAGCAUUCCGAUUUACUCUCUAUUCGUGGGUUAAAUACAUUCAAAUCUAUAAAUAAACGAAUGUUUGAAUACCAGACACCUCUUAUAGAAACAAAACCUGAUGAUAUGCCAAUUUCUUAUUUAAAUUCCAGGAUUUUUCAUAUUAUAUGUUAUCCAAUUGAAGUUUCAAAGUAUGUUACUGAUAUUUUAAGAUUACGCGAUAAGCAAUUACCACUUCCUAUUUUUAUUUGGGAGCCUGUACCUGAAUGUGCCUUAAAAGAGUACAUGCAAUCAUGGAUUGAAGCAAUGAAAAUGGUAGAUAUCAUAUCACCAAAUCAUGAGGAGGUCGCCGCGUUAUUGGGUUUAAUUACUGAAAAUUAUAAGGAGAAUGAAAAACUCCCGACUAGUAAAAUGUUAAUAUAUAUGGCAGAUAAACUCUUAGAACAUCAGAUUAGUUCGAAUGGGAAUGGUUGUGUUAUCAUCAGAGCAUCUCGUGAAGGAUAUGUAACUGGUGCUGGAAAUGCAUUUUGUGGUGGUUUUAUGGCUGGUUUGCUUAAAUCAAAAUUUGAUAUAUUUCAGGCUGCGCUUUAUGGCACUAUAAGCGCAUCAUUUACUAUAGAGCAAAUUGGUGUUCCUAGGCCUAAAAUUAAUGUGCAAGAUAUUGAAGCAUGGAAUUCGAGUGAUAGUCCGCAAUUAAGAUUACACAAUUUGAAAUUAAGGAUUAAGAAAUCUUGA